AACAUCCUGAACAAUCAUUUGUCCAAAAAUGAAAACUUUCCUGUCUGUAAAACCUCUAUCCCCUUUCUUCUCCAAAUUCUAAAACCCUCCAUAUCCAUAUCCUCCCCCCAUCUCUCUCUCUCUCUCCCCCCCCAUCGCUCUCUCUUCCCCUCCCUCUCUUUAAAAUGACACUCCACACUAUCUUUACUCUGUCUCCCCCACUUCCCAUCUCUCUAAAAUCUUCGUUUCCACCCAAAUUCUUGAAAACCCACUGCCCUAAUUUCCCAAUUUUUCGAAUAAAAUCCCCUCUUUCUCUAACCCCAUUUGCCAUUGGCCCUGAUGGAAAAUUCUACCCAACCCCAUCUGACAACGACCCACCUGAAGCCGCUGAAGACGCUACUCAUGGUGUUAAUAAGUACACCCAGAUCAGUCGCCAGGCUUCUCGGGCUCGAAAAAUCGCAGAUGAGGAAUACAAGAAAGACCAGUCCAUUUUUCUGAAUGCCAUUGCUGAUGUGGAAGAUGCACCAGACAAUCCCAAUUUAGCUGAGGAAAAUGAUUCUGGGGAUGAUUUGUUUGGGGAAAUUGAUAAAGCUAUUGCCUUGAAAAGAAAAGAGUUUGUUAAGCAAGGCUUGUUGAAGCCGAACCCGAAGAAGGAGAAAGGGAAGGCUGGUGAAGUGGUUGAUGAAUUGGAGCCUGAAGAAGCUGAUGAUUUGGAGGAGAUUGAUGAGUUACAGGGAUUGGCUGGCAAUGUCGAGGACUCGGAGUUGGAAAGUUCUGAUCUUGAGGUUAGUGAUGAUGAUUUGAGAAAGAAUGAUUUGUCUGAUAAUGAAUCUUUUGAUGUUGAUUUCAAUAGUUUUGGUAGUGGUAAAGCUAGAAUUGUUGAUCCUAAGUUUAGAAUGACAUUAGCUGAGCUUUUGGAUGAAAGUAAGGUUGUUCCAGUGUCGGUCUACGGGAAUUUAGAAAUUGAGAUUACGGGUAUUCAACAUGACUCGAGGAUGGUUGAGUCGGGUGAUUUGUUUGUUUGUUGUGUUGGGAAGAAGAAUGAUGGGCAUUUGUUUUUAAGUGAGGCUGAUAAGAGAGGGGCUGUUGCGGUUGUGGCAAGUAAGGAGAUAGAUAUUGAAGAUACGUUAGGAUGUAAGGCAUUGGUUCUUGUUGAAGAUACAAGUGCGGUUCUUGCAGCAUUGUCUGCAUCGUUUUUUAGGUAUCCGUCGAAGAAGAUGUCUGUUAUAGGAAUAACGGGAACAAAUGGUAAGACAACUACUUCAUACUUAAUCAAGGGAAUGUAUGAAGCUAUGGGAGUGAGAACUGGAAUGUUAAGUUCCGUGGAAUACUAUAUACAUGGGGAUAACAAGUUGGAGUCACCACAUACGGCACCAGAUACUGUUCUAGUUCAGAAAUUAAUGGCAAAGAUGGAGCAUAAUGGGACAGAAGCUCUUGUUAUGGAAGCUUCUUCACAUGGACUUGCUUCAGGGAGGUGUGAUGAAAUCGAUUUUGAUAUUGCAGUUUUCACUAAUUUGACUAAAGGUCAUUCGGAUUUUGAUGGGUCUGAGGAAGAAUAUAGGGAUGCCAAGGCAAAGUUAUUCUCGAGGAUGGUGGACCCAGAAAGGCACCGGAAAAUUGUUAACAUUGAUGACCCACAUGCAGCUUUCUUUAUAUCCCAAGGGAACCCAGAAGUGCCUGUGGUGACCUUUGCCAUGGAGAAUAAAAAUGCUGAUAUUCAUCCAUUAAAGUAUGAAUUAUCCUUGUUUGAGACACAGGUGUUAGUUAACACACCUCAGGGUAUAUUGGAGAUCUCAUCAGGUUUGCUGGGUAGGCAUAACAUUUACAAUAUCCUAGCAGCUGUUGCAGUCGGAAUUGCAGUUGGGGCACCUUUAGAGGAUAUUGUUAGAGGUAUUGAAGAGGUUGAUGCGGUGCCGGGUAGAUGCGAGUUGAUAGAUGAGGAGCAGGCCUUUGGGGUAAUAGUGGACUAUGCAAAUACUCCUGAUGGUCUGUCUAGACUCCUUGAUCUUGUCAGGGAGCUUGGUCCAAGGAGGGUCAUUACAGUUAUUGGGUGUUGUGGAGAGAGCGAGAGAGGGAAGAGGCCAUUGAUGACAAAAAUCUCAACAGAGAAAAGUGAUGUGACUUUGUUAACAUCUGACAAUCCAAGAAACGAGGAUCCAUUGGACAUCUUGGAUGACAUGUUGUCUGGUGUGGGGAUGACUAUGCAGGAUUACUUGAAACAUGGAGAAAAUGACUAUUACCCGCCACUUCCCAAUGGUAACAGACUUUUUCUUCAUGACAUUAGACGGGUAGCUGUACGUGCUGCUGUUGCCAUGGGCGAGGAAGGUGACGUUGUGGUGGUUGCUGGCAAAGGCCAUGAAACAUAUGAUAUUGAGGGUGACAAAAAGGAGUUCUUUGAUGAUCGUGAAGAAUGCCGAGAAGCGUUGCAGUAUGUUGAUGAACUUCACCAAGCAGGAAUUGACACGAGUGAAUUUCCAUGGCGGUUGCCGGAGAGUCAUUGAGGUCUAGCCAAAAGAAAGGUAUAGAGAAAAUAUUGAUGUUAGCUGAAGCUUUGGAGCCUCUGGGCUGGAAUGUGGGCUCUCCAUAAAUUCAAAUUGGAAUAUAUCUGCAUUCCCGUUCAAAAUUUAAGAUAUUACCAAAUUUUAAGUUAUCCGGCCUGGCUGCUUCAUGAAACUGUUAUAUUGGUAGUUCUAGGUAAAGGUACAAAUUUUGUAGCAAGUAGAUAGUUUAGUUCUUAUAGUGUCAACUAGAACUGUCGACCGCUUCUCUCUUGGAGACUAGUGUUCCCGGACUUUCAAUGUAUAUUUGUUCUAUACAUGUUACUGAAGAACACACGCUAUUACAUCGAAAUAUGUUCUGAAUCAUUGUAAUCAUUUACGAACUGGGCUCUGUACUUAAUUUAAGCAUUGGUUUGAGGCUGUUGAACAAGGUUUUCCAGAGCUUUAUACUUAUCAGAACUUACAGUUGAA